AUGUCUGGUCAAUCACAACAACAUCGACUGCCAUCUAUACGAGAUUUACAAGCCUCAUCAGGAUCCACCCCUCACCACCACGCUUCCAACAUUAUCUUACCGCCACUGACACCGCCUGUAAUCGACUCUCAGCAACAGCAACAGCAGCAGCAGCAGCCGUCGUCGUCUUCAACUAUGCAGCAACAUCAUCCACCACGACCACCACAACCACCUCCGCAGCGGACACAGCGGCCCGCAGAAGUCGAUCUUUCCGAGGCUAUUGAAACAUGCUAUAUGUUAUGUCAACAAAUCGAAAAGUUACAAGAUGAAUGGCCCAAUCGAGAUAUUCAGGAGCAAUUAGACGACUUGCACAAGACUUCUGUCGAUUUGCUGCAGUUAAUAAGAGAACCCACCCCCAUUAUUGGAGAUGUCAGUAAGCCUGAAUACGCAAUGAUACGCCGAGCGCGUAAUUUACAAGAAGGCAUGGGGAUGACCUAUCGUCGUCGCACGAAAAAGACAACGCAAGUACCAAAGAUAAUAGUGGACCUGGUUUUGGGGCGAUGCCAUUCGUGCAAUACAACUGAGACUCCCGAAUGGCGACGAGGACCUGAUGGUGCCCGAACCUUGUGUAAUGCGUGUGGUUUACAUUAUUCCAAACUAUUAAGGCGUGGUUCCAUGACUGUACAAAGAAUGCAAUCUUCGAUACCUCCUCGUGUCAUUGACUUUCCUCAAGGAUCAUCAUCGUCCUCUCCAAGUGAGAGUGGUACUGUUACUCGAAUACUACCACAACCCAUGGGCAUUGGCAUUGGAUACAACACAGCACAACCACCUCCCAUUCCAUCUUUAUUAGGACCUCAUUCAGAUUCUUCUACUAUGGAACAAAUGUCUAUGGAUUACCAAUAA